ACACGGUACGGGGCAGGUCGCACGAGACGUCCGCAACCAUGGAGAGAACGACAACUGCUGCGAGCCUGCUGCUGCUGCUGCUGGCGGUGGCCUCACCGACGGCCGGCCAGCGUGGCAUCCGCACCUGCUCCUGCCAGCUCCGCGAGGACCUCUCACAGCAGGGAAAGCUGGUCGGCAGAGCCUGCUACGUCGUCGGCGUCGGCUUCUGCUCCUCCUUCACCUACGAGUCGGAGUCGGGCACGGAGGAGCUGGGGCCGCGGCGGCCCCCGGCGCUCCGGCGGCGCGGCGUCUACCGUCCCACCUCGUUCUCGGAUGUGGCGUCAGCCCUCGCCAACGCUUCGCCCCAGCAGCACCAGCGCGCCGUGGAGGAUGCCAACCGCCAGCUGGAGGCCAACCGCAGCCUGGAGCGCGCGCUGCUGGCGUCGGGGCGCGCCACGGUCCGGCCCGGCUCGCCGUCGGCCGUGCUGGCCGCCGAGCGGCGGCCUGACGCCAAGUCGAUCGCACUCGGAAACAGGGCGCUGGCGCAGAUCCUCUACCUGCAGAGCCUCCUGGGCGGCAGCGGUCGCCGGUAAGCCCAGUGGUGGCUGAUAUGAGGCAGUGCGUUCCACCCGGCUGAGUCCGUUGCAGCAGUCAUCCAAGGCCCUUGUGUGAUUUCAUCUGGGCAAGAGCAUGCUCCAGACAGCAUCACCCGGAUCACGUCGAGCUCCGCACGAUUUCGACGGGGCCAGUCCUCGGCCACAGUGCAGUUGCGUGACUCGUCUAGAGGAGCGUGUUAGGCCCACGUGGGGAUGUAUCAGCUUCCCUGUGCGGUAUCGGAUGGUGGGUUGAUAGCGCGGCAGUCAUCCCACAGAGCGACAACACGUCGAAAAGAUGGCUAAAGCAUCACGGCCUAAAGCCGGCGUUACAGUGCUAGCUCAUAGACGCCACUAAGUGUUUCUUCCUUGUCACGGCGUUCGUGCACGUGUUGUUUGUGCAUAUUUAUCGUCAGACGCCUCGAAUGAACUUGACAUUCCAGACCGCGUGUGCCUGCGAUUUUCCUUCCGGUUGCUGUUGGCGUCCUGCAGUUUUGUGGGUUUCCAGUGCAUUUCGAUCUUGGGUUUUCCCCUUCAAUCACCCAAGCGCUUUUCGAUUAACUGAUUGAGCGAAACUGCACGCAAACAGCCCUUGUCCAAACAAUGACUGGUGAGCAUCGUCAUUCCUAGAUUAUUGUUGAAAGCCGUGUCACCGGCCGAUGCGCAAUGCUUGCCGCAACAGCAGCAUUGCCGCGCAUCGUCUGCAUGUAAGAAGUCUCGUCUGGUUCCGUCGGAAUGUUGAGCCGGCCCUCCCGUCCUGCUGCUUUGCGCGCCAGCUGUCUGCCGAGGCAGCCGUGCGCAGGUGGCGCGGAUCGGCCGCCGGAUGUGCUGAGCCCGACUGCGGACGCAUCCGGACGCCGGGCUGUACUGCGGACUAGCGCUGCUGGGGACGCCCGCUGCGGGAGACGCCCGCUGUGGGGGCGGAGCCCGGACCUGGGAGCGUGGGGAGGACCAUGCACGCGUGGGCGCGCCGUCAGCGACGUCAGCGUCGAGCCGGCGGGGCGGCCCGCUGCCGGGGCAGGGCGCAACAGGCUGUGUGGAGCUGUGUGUGGGCUCACGACGUUGCGGCGGAAGCUGCUGUGUGUGUGUGUGUGUGUGUGUGUGUGUGUGUGUGUGUGUGUGUGUGUGUGUGUGUGUGUGUGUGUGUGUGUGUGUGUGUGUGUGUGUGUGUGCCUGUAUGUAACGUGCAUGACCUCAUUGACUGAGCAUACUCGCACGCCACUUGGGGGGGGGGGCAUGCAUGCGACAGCGUAGGCACGGCACGCCACUGCGCAGCAGCUCGGCGUUGCGAAGGAAAAUCGCGUGGCGGUACGUGCGGCACCACCGACACACUGCUGCGUCACGGAAUCGGCGCAGAGGAGUCACAUCACGUUGUGAUGGUAUGUAGGCUGUGCGUGACGCCAACGUGGCCGCCCCUGGAGCUUGCGUAGCGACCCAGGCCGCGUCGACCCGUGUCUCCUGUGACGUCGCUGAGCUUGUCGUGCGGUGGUGGCGGUAAUACACGCCCGACCUGU